AGAGGAAGCAAAGCAGCGAGCAACAGAAUUUCAGAUCAUUUUGUGUAAGCAAUUGAAUCUCUGAAUCCCCAGCUAUGGAUACAACUGUGCCACGUGUUCUGAAAAGCUAUUUAUGCGAAACCCAAAUGAAGAUGAAUACAAGCCUGUCACCCACCACAUAUAACAACAGAUGUGAAGAAGAACUGGAUAUUGAUGCAGGUGUGCCUGACAAUGUACAUAGAAAAGAAGAAGGGGAAAUAGAUGAAAAUAAUUCAUCUACUCUAGAAAAUCAUGGAUGCAAAGAGCUGUUCUUUCCUAAAGAGUUUAAGACAAUUGAGGAAUUGAAAGAUCUUGAUUUGAAAUGUCACAUGUGGGUAAAAUAUCUUUUAAAAAAAAAAAACCCUCUACUACCAAAAGUGAAAUUAACCAUUUCCAAACUUAUUCAUGCCACAUCCAAAAAGGGAGUGACUGGUAUUCUUCAAAAUGGGGGAUUUAAAGGAGAACUGUUUAAUGAAAAUCUGAAAUGUGGUCCUUUUUCUUUUUGGACUGGAGCUGCAGAUUCUCAGGAGACAACAAAUCAAAUACGCAGCUGGCUUCAAAAGAAUACAAAGAAUCUAUCAAUGCUGUCACCUGAAUAUUUUAAAACUUCUCCAGCUUUUUCAGAAUCCUCUCUUUAUGGCAAUUACAAAUUCACACUGGAUUUUGCAGAUGUCCUGGAGGCCUACAAAACACAGUGCUGUGAGGGGAAAGAUCCAGUUUUUCGAGUAUUUGGAACAUCAUGCUUUAAGGCAGAAAUUAUGUACACUGUGAUUGUUCACAGUCCUGAAGAAUUUCAGUUUAAUGAAUUCCCAUGUCUUCCAAAUAGUAAAAAUGCUGAUGUUAAGAUCUGCACUCAGGAUAACAAUAGUAUUUUCUGGUACCCAGAAUCAAUGAGCAGAGUUAAUAAAUACAACCUGUAUGGAUAUACUGAUUUCUUAGAAUAUUAUGUAUGGGAUCACCUGGUGUUUGCACUUCAUAUUACAGAUUAUCUUAAAUUUCCAAAAGAAUACCUUUUAAAACAACUUUCAGCAUGUGAGCUGCAAACAGUUAAUGUAUGCAGAGAUCCAGAAAAUAUAGACAUAGUUCAAAGGUACAUAGAUGAGCUGAAAAGUGAACAACCACAAAAUGAUAAAGAUGUUGGGGUAACCCAUGAAAUAGCAUGAAGGUAGCAAAUGUUAUUCAGUCAUUGAAUUUCUGGUCCAGAUUAGAGAGAAAAGGCUUUUCAUUAUUUUGUCUGUGACCAAUGUAGAUUUAAGCAAAAAAUGCAAGAAUUAGUGCUCCUUAGCUAAUUAAAAGUAUAUGAGUAAUGUUCAAAAAGUUUCCACACUUUUUUUAACUCUAUUUAUUAAGAAUGUCAAAAACAAAUUACAUCACUUUUCAACAUUGUCACCUCCAUUUGCGAUACAAUUUUCCCAGUCACAUGACACUCUCAGACCAAUUAAAACUCCUUGCGCCUUCACCGUUUGAAACAAAAAUAUGGAAGUGCAGAAACUUUUUGAAUGUCUCUCAUAUAUUAUUGCUUUGAUUCAUAUUUUAUGCACAAUAUUUGCAAUCAGCUGUUCUGUAGACACAAAAAUAUACAUAUAAACUGCAAAAGCCAAGAAUACUCGUAUAUUGAAAAAACUUAUUAUUUUUGCUAAUUUUUGCUGGCAUGAAAUUUCCAAUGUUUUCCUUAUAUUUUUUGGUGUUUGCUACAAGAUGAGUAAUGAGGACAGAUGUUAACAUUUUUUAAAAGCACAUUUAAUCAACUUUAAUAUAUAACACUGGUCAAUGAAGAUUUUUCUUCCUGUAUACUUUUAGGUGUAUCUUAUGGAUUUUGGCCUGCUGAUCACAAAAAUCACCUUAAAAUUGCACCUAUUUUUGGAAUUGUCUCUCAUAUUAUAAGUAUGUAUAUCCCACACAACAACCCAAACUGGAGCAUCUGUGUUGAUCUAAAGGUAAUGGCACUGCUACUAGGAAUGCAGCUUGGAUAUACUAAGUACUGUUGUUUUAUUUACAAAUGGGGUAGCCAUGUUUCAUUUCAUUAAACAUAUUGUAACUCUCCAUUCUAUAAGCAUUUGGAACCAGGGCAGAAAAGUAUGGCACAUAAACCACUUGGGAACAUAACAAAAUCAGCAUCAAAACAUUUUUAGCUCAGUUGAAAUAAUGCAAUGUCCAAGUAUCAUUAAGUGAUUAAACACACUAAAUUCAAUAAAAGUUGAAUUUUUUCAGUCAAUCUGAAAUUAUAUUUGCAUUCAGCUUGAAGCUGUCCAUCAUAAUCACUAGAAAUUUUUCAGGAAACAACUUAAAAAAAAUGUCCAGUGUAAUCCCUGUGAUUUUCCAAAAUGUAUAUUUUAACUUACAGUCUCCUGUAAGUUACAUUAAAUUUAAUCCUUGACUGUAUUACAUAAUUUUAAAAAAUGUAUUAGGAGGUUCUAAUAAGCAAGAUGUAGUAAAAACUUUGAAAAUGUUUCUAGAUAUUAAUAUGGUUUAUGUAAUAGUUAAAAUGUAUGUUUUCAUUAUGUACAGUAUAUGAGACCAUAAAAUAUGAACCAUAUAUGACUAAAACGUUUCUGAUAGAUGCACUUAUUUAUUGGUCCUUUGAUUAUUACUCAAGUCUUACUCACAUAAAGAGGCUUUAAUUGAGUAUAUUUACAAAAUAAUACCACACCUAUCUGACUAUUUAGACUACUAUAUAAAAAAAAGGAAUAAGCAAAUGGAGAGGUCAAAGUAACAAAAGUAACAAUGGCUAGGAAGUCAUCCAUGGUGUAGUUAUUACUGUAUAUAAUGCAUUUUUCUAAUUGUUUUGUUUAUAAUUACUACUGCUAGUAAAUAAUGAUGUCUAGAAAAUGCAUCAUUUGUUAAAGUUAUGUAUGGCUUUAUGUUUUUUACUUUCAAUAAA